CCAUAAUGCCAAGAUGGGACGAGUCUGAGACGGUGCUGUGCUGCUUGGCGGUGAAAUUUGCCAUUCCAGUGAGCCACCAAUGUUGGGGCUAUAUAGCUAUACAAUGUGUUUCCUCUUGCCCAGUCUUACUGGCCAUCCAUGGAGGGGCUCUCACUAAAAUUCCCCGAAAUGCUUACGUGUGAGUUCGUACUGUAGAACCUGCCAUUGUCGCAUAUUAUAGGUAUUCAAACGAACAACAGGCCAGGAAUCCCACUAAUUUACCUACCGUCCCUCCAUCCAGCACCAUUUGCUCUUCGGCUGUGAUCCGAUGCCAUUCGUUUUGAUAGACCGAAUCGACAAUGGCUUCGACUGCACCAUUUGAGCCGGUCCAAUCGGUUUCGCAAGCCCCGACCGGCAAGAAGAAGAACAACAAGAAGAAGAAGAAUGCCAACAAACCGAAGCCUGCCGCCGAGGUAGACCAUGAUGGGGCCCAGGACCAUGAGAGAGAGGACGUGUCCGACCUAAUACCAGACGCUCCCAAAGUGAAUGCGCCAGACGAGCCCACCAUGCCCGAAAGCCCCGCCAGGUCCGAAUUGGACGCGAACGGCCAUGCCACCACAAACGGCCAUACCGAACAAGCAUCCGACACCACAGCCAAGCUCGAGGCCAUGUCGCAGGAGCGGGAGGCCCUCCGGCAGGAGGUGGAGCAGCUGAGGAAGCAGCUUGAGAGCAUCCAGGAAACGCACAACCACGAAGUCACCCAGCUCAAGUCAGACCUCGAGGAGAGCGAAGCCGCAAAGGACCAUGUCGAGACCCAGUACGAGACCCUCCGGGGCCGGGUCGAGAAGAUCAAGGAGACCCUAGGCGACCGGCUGAAGCGUGAUAAAGCCGAGCUUGAAGAGGCCAAGGACCGGAUUGACGAGCUGGAGGCGCAGAACGAGGAGCUGCAGACGGGCUCUCGCACAUUCAAGGACGAGAUCAAGAGGCUCGAGGACGAGAUGCAGGAGCAGUCGAGGGAGCUGUCGAGUCUGCGCAGUAGAAACAACCUCUCCCAGCAGAACUGGCUGAAGGAAAAAGACGACAUGACGAGGCAGAUGCAGCAUUUCAAGGGCGAGCUAGAGUCGACCAGCAACGCAAUGGGCGAGUGGGAAGUCAUCGCAAUGGAGGAGAGGUCGAUGCGAGAGAGCCUGGUCGACAAGGUCGCAGACCUGGAAGAGCAGCUGGCCACCGUGAGGGAGGCAUAUGAAAGAGCGGCCUUGGAGCGGGAUAGCCAGUCGCAAACCAUUGACGGCCUACAGAGAGCCCUCCAGGAGAUACAGGAGGCGCGGAAGAAGGAGCUACGCGAGAUGGUCGAGACCUCGGAAGAGCAGCUCCAGGAGAUGCGGAAGCGAGCACAGGAUGCCGACUCCAGAGCGGCCGAGGCCGAAUCCGCCAAGGAGAACUUGGUCAAGGAGCUCGAACGGACAGCCCCCUUUGAGAAGGAAGUCAAGGAGAAGAACUUGCUGAUCGGCAAGCUAAGACACGAGGCGAUAGUGCUGAACGACCAUCUCACCAAGGCACUAAAGUACAUCAAGAAGACGAAACCAGAAGAGACCAUUGACAGGCAAAUUGUCACAAACCACUUCCUCCAAUUCCUCUCCCUAGACAGGUCCGAUCCCAAGAAGUUCCAGAUACUACAAGUCAUCGCGGGGCUCCUAAACUGGACCGACGAGCAGAGAGAACAAGCAGGCCUUGCGCGGCCGGGCGCCGCGAGCAGCACCCUCCGCCUCCCGAGCUCGCCGUUCCACCGCACCCCGAGCUCGCCCGCCCUCAACACCGAGUUUUUCUCUGAGACGUCCUCGAUGCCGGGGAAGGAAUCCCUCGCCGAGCUUUGGGCCGGCUUCCUCGAGCGGAGUGUCGAGGAGGCAGGGGCCCCCUCGAGGAAGGGCAGCAUGUCGAGCGUCGCGACGGCUGCGACGAGACCGGAUACCAGAGGCCACAGCUAGAAGUGGAUAGCAUGAUGGCGGGAUGCGAAGUCCCGCGAGCAUACGUUUCUGCGAGCAUGAACCAUAUCUAGAUGUCCCGCACUUGCUGAGGGCAUUGGAUGAUUUGAUGGCUAGAUUAAUCCCCUUUGUUUUUCUAAUCAGGCCUAAAUGCCAUUGAGGGAGGUCAUCGGGUCCGGGUGCCUCGCAAAGAUCGGGGCAGAGAAAUGCCCACUCAUGACUUAGAAUAAAAGCCAGUGAGCUCUCUGUACAACUAGAUAGAUGCUGUGGUCAAGAAAGAGAGGGUUUUUGUAUUUUAUUUUAUUUUUAUUCGCCGAAGCCAUCAAACAAAUCCUCAA